AUGUCUGUAUACCACACCCAUCGCAUCACUCAAUCUCAACCCGGCGUAAAAGCCGAAGAGGGGCGAUUCAAUGAGGCUGCCGACAAUUGCUCGUUCUUCUCUCCCAAGCAAGACCCUCGCCCGGGCAGUGCUGUUGACCCACAGCCUUCCGGAGAGCCUAUUCCCAAGCUUUUCACCCCAUUGAAAAUUCGAGGCGCCACCCUCCAGAAUCGCAUAUGGGUCAGUCCCAUGUGCCAGUACAGCGCUCAUGAGGGCUUCCACACCCCUUGGCACAUUACUCACUACGGAGGUAUGGCCCAGCGCGGACCUGGCCUCAUGAUGGUCGAAGCUACAGCCGUGCAGGCCAACGGCCGCAUCACACCGGAAGACUCUGGCAUCUGGCUCGAUGCCCAUGUUGAGACUCUGAAGAAACACGUCGAGUUCGCUCACAGCCAAAACCAACUCAUCGCCAUUCAAUUGGCAUACGCCGGGAGGAAAGCAUCAACUCUUGCUCCCUGGUUAGGCUUCGAGACACUUGCUGGUCAAGAGGCUGGAGGCUGGCCUCAAGACGUGAUAGACCAACUGAAGCAAGAUUUUGUCAAGGGUGCCUACCGCUCUCUUCAUGCCGGCUUCGAUGUGAUUGAGCUUCAUUUUGCGCAUGGCUAUCUCAUCUCCAGCUUCCUUUCUCCAGCGAGCAACAAGCGCACAGAUCAAUACGGCGGUUCGUUCGAGAACCGCACUCGUCUCGCCAUCGAGCUCGUCGAUGCUGUUCGGGAGGUGAUUCCCAAGGACAUGCCACUCUUUGUACGAAUCAGUGCCACCGACUGGCUUGAUACCAACCCGGAGUGGGACGGCCCAAGCUGGACCGUCGACGAGAGUGUGAAGCUGGCUCAAAUCUUUGCGGAUCACGGGGUAGACGUACUCGAUGUGUCCACUGGCGGCAAUCAUUCUCAACAGAAGAUUGUUGCCAGCGCUGGCUUCCAAGCACCCAUGGCCAAGAAGAUCAAAGCGGCUAUUGGAGAUAAGAUGCUUGUCAGCGCUGUGGGUAUUAUCAGAGACGGCAACCUCGCCGAGAAGCUGAUCACGGGCUCCAAUGAGGAAGGGGACAGUCCGUUGGACUUGAUUGCUGCCGGUCGAGGUUUCCAAAAGAACCCAGGUCUUGUGUGGCAAUGGGCUGAUGAUUUGGGUGUUGAUAUCCAUGUUGCAAAGCAGAUUGGGUGGGGUUUCAAGGCAAGAGUCAAGAAAGUGCCGAAGAAGCCUGAGAUGCUUCCGUAUGAGGACUAA